CAGUCGGCAUUUCUGUUUGUCAGCCCACACUGGUGCUCUAUCGAUUUCGCGCAGCCUCUAGACAAAAACAAACAGUAGACAUAGUGUAAAUCCAUCUUUCCAGAAUACAACACAGUGCCACACUCACACACGCCUGCGCACAUUUGCCAGCCCAACCUUUGUCAACAAGAUUCGCGUCAAGGGUUUAACAACCCGCCCAGAAUAGACACUCGCAGCAACCUGUCAUCCCCUGUCUGAGCGCUUGUGUUUUUAUUAUAUUCUCCGCCUUCACCAGUUAUAUACACUUAUCGUCCACAGUCCCGUAUGUUGGGGUUCGAUGGCAGCAAGCGGCAGCGCACGGAUGAUCGGCCGUCGGCAUCAACGUCGGCAUCAGUAUCGCCAUCGGCAAUUUCAUUUGCAGCCAAUACCGAUAGAGUCCCGGCAGAGCCACAGCCCAAACGGAGGACGCGGGAUAUUCUCACCCAGGUGCUAGCUACACAGGAGCGGCUAGCAGCCGACGUUGCACAGCUCCAGACCACUGUUAACGAGGUAUUGGGCGCAAUGCGACGGUCGCAGAUCGUCGUUCAGCAGACACAGCCCGAAUCGGAGCGCCCGUCGCUGGGUACGCGCGGUGCCAGGUCACAGUCGCCCGCAAGCGCCGGCGGAAUGCCGCCGACACUUGCCAAUAUCAUUUCUUUACAAAACCAUCAGCGGCCCGAUCAGCCCUUCUCUGGGGCAAACUCUGGUGCAACAACAAAAAAAUCGCAGACAUCUCCCAGCACAGAGACACCUCACUCGCACCCGACACUUCCACAUAUACCCCCGCCGCACCACAGCUCGGGAAUACAGUCGGCAAUGUCCUUAGUGUCGAUGACAUCUGCAGGACUAGUAAGUCUGCCGCCAUCCGCCGCACUUUCACGAGCCUCAUCGUCAGGCACCCAGCCGCCAAGGCAGCACUCUCCGCCAUUGCCCAUGUCGCAGCAACAACAUCAGCAGCAGGGUCGACAAAUUCAAAUUCAGCACCACGAAAUGAUGCUUCCUCCGCCAUUAUCUGCCCCAAUGUCUGCUCCAGCUAUGUCGUCGUCGCCGUUUUCUUUGGCCCAGUACCCGCAUCACAGUCACUCACAUUUCUACGCACAGCAAACGCCCAAAGCAGUGCAGCGCCUGCAUCAACAGAGCCACCAAGUCCAACAUCAUUAUUACAGUGGGCUACAAAAGGAAUCCGUGUCGCCGCACAGAGCGCAUCAUUUCUCGGGCACUGAGCAGUUGAUAUCGUUGCCCCCAAUCCGCACAAAUCCAACGUCAGCACCCCAGCAAGCUAGCCAACACAGGGGCUCUGCAAUUCAAGGUGCGUUGGGCGCGGGGCCAUCGACAUAUUCACCUGCAUCGGCGUUGGCAGCUGGAAUGGUUCUCGACUCUACACCGACCACGGCCAAGCAUUCGUCGCCGUCGCAGCCGUUUAUGCCAGGUUUCGGGUACGCGCGCAUCCCACCGGUGGGUACGACUGCGAGCACGCCGACAUCAGCCAUGUUGGACUCACCAACCGGGCCGGUCAGUGGGUUGUCGGGCGCUCGGAUCUCCGCCACGCCGAGCAGCGUUAGAGGCAUUUUAAGCAAUGCCUCAAGUGGUGGCACGUUGCUGAAAGUCGAGAAAAACCGGUUUCAGGCUAACAUACGCGCCUUUGUGGACCAGUACUUUACAGACUUGCACAACGCACAGUGGGAUUACCAGCAGUCGUUCAAGGCGCCGCGCAAUGCUCAUACCACACAACAGAUCGUGCAGGCAUUCCAUUCCAACCAUGGUGGGACCUACGAUCGCAUUGAACACGGACUGAGCGUGUAUUUCAGCUCGCUCAAGGCCAAACACCGCACCACUGAGGAUAAAGCGAUGCUCAAGCAGCAGCGCGAUAGGCGGCGAGCGCGGCGCAUCAAAAAGUCGAUCGGUCGAAAAAAGGUGUUUGACCAGUCGCAAUUUCCCUUUCUUCCAAAGGAGUUCAAUGCGGAAUCGUGCUUUGUGCCGUCGGCCAUGAGCCCGGAACACACGGACGAAGAGGGCGAUGGCGAGGUCCGGGUCGGUACCUUGCCCUGGCGGGCAUACACAUUUACAAAGCUGUUUCGGCAUUUGGACACGCUGCGUCCUAAACGCACGCCACGGUCGAGCAACCCACAUCUAAGCGGGGGUUCAGCGCCGCCGACAGAUAUGCCAGCAUUUAUGAUUGACCCGGAAUACAUAGCUGUCGACCGCGCCCACCACGAAAAUCACGACCCUGAGGAUGACAUCGACAUGGACAGUUUUUCAGACGCCGGCUAGUCUUUGUGCUCUAUACUGCUUGCACCUGCUCUUGCAACGGUUUUUUUGCAACGAGGUCCAUAAAAGUUUAUCCAUCCAACACUGAAUUAUCAUUGUCUUUUUAUCUUUGUAAGAAACUAAUCUAUGUUUCUAUGUUUCUACGUCUUAUGUCUUCCUCAUUUGGUUUCUCUUUUCCUUUUCAUUUUUCUUCAAUCAUAAAUUUCGGUCUUUUAUUUUUUGUCACCAUUUUCUAACGACUUUUGUUUAAAACAAUUUACUGCU